CCCCGGCCUGGCCAGGGGUCUCCGGGUACAACCCACACAGGCCCAGCUCCCUGUCCGCUGUUAGAAUCCCACCGGAUCCACGGUCGCCUCCUCUCUGGCCCCCCGACAUGAAGCUACCCCACGGGGCGCGGAAGACCGUGUCCUUCCAGCGGCCUCUCAAGAAGCAGUUGCCGUUGGCUUCACGGCAGGAGGAAAAGCCCAGGAAGCCCAUCAUGGCCUUGGCCACUGGUCCCGGGCCUGCCAAGUACCGCCGACCAUCCUGCACGGGCUACAUCGACCAUGACUUCACCAUGUUCCAGGAGCCCACCUAUACCCUGCACAUCCGGCACUCCGAGAAGCGGAUCACUGAUGUGUGCAGCCCUGGGCCUUGCUAUCUUGUGGAUCCCCAAACGACCAGGUUUGGAAAGUGCAUCUGUCCGCAGGUGCCCAUGGAGGAGCGAAUCUCUAACCUGCGCCUGAGCCCUAACCCCGCUGCCUCCUGGUACAAGGUAGAGAAGGUGCCCCCACCCGGGGAGCGCCGGGCUCCCCAGUACACGUUCGGCCAGCGGUGCCCGUACAGAGUGACGGAUCCGAACCCGGCCCCCAACCAGUACCACCUGCCGCUCCUGCUAGGGCCCGACACCCCCACCACCCAAGCAGCCCCCUGCUACAGCCUGGCUCCGGAGUGCAAGAGCUGGUUUUACAAAGAGGACGUGGCUGGGGGCCCAGGGCCUGCCGAGCAUACCCGGCCUGAGCUGUCCGUCUUCCAGCCCCGCAGCCCCUCCUACAGCCUGGCCCAGCGCUUCAGCUACCCCGUGGACCACACCCCCCGGCCGGGCCCCGGCUCCCACAAUGUCCAGCAGGUCAGUUUGCACAAGCCCCGCACCCCAGCUUUCACCAUGGGCAUCAAGCACUCGCCCCACCUGUGCCCGCUGGUCAUUCACAUUCUGGACUGA